GGUACACACAUGCUUCAAAAGCUUUCGCAUAUAUUUCCAAGUAAGUAUAGCAAUAUUUGAGAUGAUUUGACCCAGAUUAUCAAAACAACUAAUUGAUGAUCGACGGUUCUCUUCAAUUUCUACAUCAAGCAUCGUGUGCUCGCCGGUGAAUGUUUCUUUUGAAGUCACGAUUGCUUCUAUAAAUGGAAGACAACAAAUUACACAACACGGCACUACCCCGUCUCAGAAGAACUAUCUCAAUGCCGGCAAUGCCACUCUCGGCGUCGGAAUUUUGACUCUACUGGGUCAGUCUAAUGAACGCAAUGACUUGGGGUCAUUUAUUUCAGGAGAGUGCAAAAGCAUCGCCUUUGACCUUCUCGCAUGUGAAGAAAUUCAGAAAUCACUAUUUAUCUUAAAAAUCAGCACCCCCAACGAGACGAAUGCAAGCAUCAAAAUGUUACACGCCUCUUGUCCCACGCAACCUUACCAGGCCGGAACCAAUCUAUCCUGCGUGCAAUCGAAGAUCUUUAAAAUAAUAUCGCCAUGAGCUAUCUCAGUUCUCCUGCCCUUACCAGUACUGAGUUCAGAAGCAUCCCAAUCUCAGACACUGCGGUCGUAUAUGUAUACCGACCCAUCUUUCACAUUCUUUUAUAUGGGAUUGGAUUUCUGUUCACAUCUAUCGCAGCCAUUAUUGGCCUUCGCUCCAUGUAUAUCGACGGAGUUUCAUAUUUCAGGCUAUUCUCUACUAUUCUUACUACGACUCGCAAUGCCGAUCUGGAUGUCCUGACUAGCGGUGCUUCUUUAGGCGUGGAUCCACUCGCUAAGAAUAUUGAACAAACGAAAUUGAAGUUUGGCCCAGUGUUAGGAGAGCAAGAAAUAAGCCAGAGCUCGGUACCAGGCUGUGGUGUUCUACACAUUGCGUUCGGGUUAGAGGGGACUUUUGGGGAUUUGAAAAAGGGAGAACAGGAUAUUUAAUCAGAUCUACUCUUCGUAUGGGUAGCUUGGUAUCAGUAUGUGUUGGAUUUUUUUAUGGUGUCUAGGGGGAAAGUAUGAAUCUGAAAAAGUGUCA